GUAACCGCGAAUGACAAGGUGUCCCUCAUCAAGGAAUUGCCCAGCUCGUCCGUCGCCAUUUUGGCUCAAGCCGGAUCUGCAAGCGCUGUGGCCAGCGAUACGCCAGCCCCUCGACGCAGGCAGGCCCCAAGCCCGCAUGGCUCGCUUCCCCGUCCUGGCCAUGGCCCUCCUCGCCUCUGCGCUCGCCGCCGAGGAGGUGUGCGCGGAAGGCCAGUGCGCCGAGGGCGGCGAGGAGGCGGCGCUGCUGCAGUCCACUGCGGCCCAGAAGCUCGCGGAGGUGAAGGCGCACUCUGAUGACGCGGCCGGCAUCACCUGCACCACUACGCCGGCCAAGACGUGCAACGACGCCUUCCAGUACUGCUACCAGGACCCGGCGUGCUCUGCAGGAGGAGCCGGCUGCAUCUCGGGCACCACCUGCCGCUUCUGCGGCGGCAGCAACGUCCCCCAGUGCCCGUGCCCCGGGGGCACCAGCUCGUGCGGAGGCCCCAGCGAGCAGUGCUUGUGGAGCCCGGGCUGCAGCGGAGUCGGCUGCAAGGCCGACGGGAAGAACCAGGACUGCCAGUUCUGCGACACGGGCGCCCCCGCGCCGAAGUGCAGCAGCCUCCUGCGCUGAGGAGCGCUGAGCGUGGCCCGGUCCUGAGGCGGCCGCGCGGAAGGGGGGUGGGUGGUCAGAGGAAAAGGGCGAGGGCGGCAGGGAGGGCCAAAGCGCGUUCUCCAUGCCGCCCCAGCCAUUGAGGCCUUCGGGUGCACCCAUGAGACCCAUGGGGUCCACCUGGCGCGUUGCUCUUGUGGCCAUUCCGUCUCAUGUGCGCGCGCACUCAGGCUCUGCCCGAUGGUUGUCUUGAUGUGGGAGAAAAAAACAGGAAUUGCC